UGCCGCUGGGGGCGCGCCUUCCCUGGUCCUCUCCGGUGGAGUGACGGCAGGAUGGCGGAGGCAGGGGGACCGGAGACCACCGCUGCUGCCCGGUGUCCCGAAGAGUCGUCAGAUAGCGAGCCGGACCAGGAACCCGGAACCCCGCAGAAACUGAUCCGGAAAGUGUCCACGUCCGGCCAGAUCCGCAGCAAGACUGUUCUGAAGGAGGGAAACCUGUUGAAACAGACUAGUUCUUUCCAGCGUUGGAAGAGACGCUACUUCAAACUGCGAGGCCGGACGCUGUACUACGCCCAGACUGCCAAGUCCAUAAUCUUUGAUGAAGUUGACCUGACUGAAGCCAGUGUAGCUGAGUCCAGCACAAAGAAUGUCAACAACAGCUUCACAGUCAUCACGCCCUGCAGACGCUUGAUUCUGUGUGCAGACAACAGGAAGGAAAUGGAGGAGUGGAUGGCAGCACUGCGCAGUGUCCAGAACAGGCACAACUACGAGUCUACCCAGUACAGUAUGGACCAUUUCAGUGGGAUGCAUAAUUGGUACACAUGUUCUCACGCCAGGCCAACGUACUGCAAUGUGUGCAGAGAAGCUCUGUCGGGCGUCACGUCACACGGCCUGUCCUGUGAGGUGUGUAAGUUCAAGGCUCAUAAGCGCUGUGCAGUUCGAGCCACCAACAACUGUAAGUGGACAACUUUGUCUUCUAUCGGGAAGGACAUCAUCGAGGAUGAAGACGGGGUGUCGAUGCCUCAUCAGUGGCUGGAGGGCAAUCUUCCAGUCUCAGCUAAAUGCAGCGUCUGUGAUAAAACGUGUGGCAGCGUCCUCCGCCUCCAGGACCUCAGGUGUCUCUGGUGCAAAGCCAUGGUGCAUUCAGGUUGUAAGGAGCAGCUGUCCUCCAAGUGUCCUCUGGGACAGUGUAAAGUGUCUGUCAUCCCCCCUACAGCACUUAACAGCGUCGACUCUGACGGUUUCUGGAAGGCGUCCUGUCCUCCGUCCUGCACCAGUCCUUUGCUCGUCUUUGUCAACUCCAAGAGUGGCGACAACCAGGGCGUCAAGUUUCUGCGACGCUUCAAACAGCUGCUAAACCCGGCCCAGGUGUUCGACCUGAUGAACGGGGGCCCACACUUGGGUCUGCGGCUGUUUCAGAAGUUUGAUACGUUUCGGAUCCUGGUGUGUGGAGGUGACGGCAGCGUGGGUUGGGUUCUGUCUGAGAUUGACACUCUCAUGCUGCACAAGCAGUGCCAGCUUGGCGUUCUGCCCUUGGGUACUGGGAAUGACCUGGCACGGGUUUUGGGCUGGGGAUCUGCCUGCGAUGAUGACACCCAGCUCCCUGAAAUACUGGAGAAACUGGAAAGAGCCAGUACGAAGAUGUUGGACAGGUGGAGUAUUAUGGUUUAUGAGACUAAGUUUCCACGACAAUAUUCUGCUUCCACCGUCACAGACAACUGCAGCGACGACUCUGAGGUUCAGCAAAUCCUGACCUACGAGGACUCUGUGGCAGUUCACUUGUCCAAGAUCCUGACCUCAGACCAGCACUCUGUUGUCAUCUCCUCUGCCAAGGUUCUGUGUGAAACUGUGAAGGACUUUGUGGCUCGCAUUGGUAAAGCUUAUGAGAAGAACAUGGAAAACUCAGAGGAAUCUGAAGCCAUGGCCAAGAAGUGUGGCGUCCUGAACGAGAAGCUGGAUUCUCUGCUGAAGACCCUCAGUGAGGAGUCGCAGGCCUCCACAGUCCUUCCCAUUGUUCCACCUCCCACCAUCAUUGAAGAGCAGGAGGAGUUUGAGGGCGUGGCGUCAGCGUUGCCAGUGUCUCUGUCUAACGUUCUUCCCAGCUCAUCGAGAGCCGUCGCCCACUCUGCCUCCCCGUCGGUGGUAACGGCCAUCUUUAAACCGCGGGAGCAGCUGAUGCUGAGAGCGAACAGCCUGAAGAAAGCCAUCAGACAGAUAAUAGAGCACACAGAGAAAGCGGUGGAUGAGCAGAAUGCUCAGACCCAGCAGCAGCAGGUCUUCUCUUUGAGUGGAGCUGAGAAGGAGGCCAGGCUGUUGGUGGAGGAGGAAGAGGAAGAAGACACUGAGGAGGAUAAAGUCUCUCUGCAGUCUGACGGCACCAAACACCGCAGCUCACGCAGAGUGAGUAAGACGCUGUGUGAGAAGCUGGUCAGUAAAAGCAGCUCCGCGUCACUUCCACGAGAUGAUGUGGCCGCGCUCGAUGCCAAGCUCCUCUAUCCAGGUCUCAAAGCUCCGUUUUCCCGCUCUCUGCCCAGUACUUCUGUCAUCAGUCGGUUGUUGGUCAACGCAGACCCAUUUGGCUGUGACUUUGACAACAUUUGGAGCCAUCGGAGCUUUGCUGUGUGUUCCAGUGACUGCUACACUGAGAAAUGUGUCAUGAACAACUACUUCGGGAUCGGAUUGGAUGCAAAAAUCUCUCUGGACUUCAACAACAAGCGAGAUGAGCAUCCAGAGAAGUGCCGGAGUCGAACGAAGAACAUGAUGUGGUACGGAGUUCUGGGAACCAAAGAGCUGCUUCACAGAACCUACAAGAACCUGGAACAGAGAGUUCUGCUGGAGUGUGAUGGCCGGCCCAUUCCCCUCCCCAGUCUGCAGGGCAUCGCCGUACUCAACAUCCCGAGCUACGCCGGUGGUACCAACUUUUGGGGAGGAACCAAAGAGGACGACACCUUCACUGCUCCAUCGUUUGAUGAUAAGAUUCUGGAAGUGGUGGCGGUGUUUGGCAGCAUGCAAAUGGCUGUGUCCCGGGUCAUCAACCUGCAGCAUCACCGCAUCGCUCAGUGUCGUACAGUGAAGAUCACCAUCCUGGGUGAUGAAGGUGUUCCGGUGCAGGUGGAUGGAGAGGCAUGGAUCCAGCCACCAGGCUACAUUAAGAUCAUCCACAAAAACCGAACUCAGACACUGACCAGGGACCGUGCCUUUGAGAGCACACUGAAGUCUUGGGAAGAUAAACAGAAGUGUGAGUUCCUCCGGACUCCUACCUGUCAGCCUCCCUGCCAGCCAGAGAUCAUUUCAGAGGAAGAGGCUUCACUUGUCAGUGAGUUUGGACAGGCAGCAGGUUCCCUCAUCCACAGUAUUCGGGAAAUCGCCCAAUCACACCGCAGCAUGGAGCAGGAACUGGCUCACGCCGUCAACGCGAGUGCCAAAGCCAUGGACACUGUCUACGCCAAUUCCGGCAGCUCAGAGGCGCUGAGCUGCAGUCUGGUCGUCCAAAUGGUCAACAACGUCAGAGCUUUACUCAGUGAGACAGAGCUGCUUCUGGCUGGAAAGAUGUCCAUGCAGUUGGAGCCUCCUCAGCAGGAGCAGCUGAACGGGGCCUUGUGCUCGGUGGCCCUUCAAUUCCGCCGGCUGACCGACGUCCCCUGGUUGUCUCCGACUGUCGAGCUGUCAGACCACGAGGGUCCACUGACUGAUUUCUCAAAGCGAAGUCGAAGCACCAAGUUUCGUCUUGUCCCCAAGUUCAAGAAAGACAAAAACCUGAGGAACAGGGAGACUUGUGUGACUCUUUCACUGCCAGUUCACCAGUGGGGGACGGAUGAAGUGGGGGCCUGGCUGGACUUUCUCUGUUUGCCUGAGUAUAAGGACAUCUUUAUGGGACAUGAUGUCCGUGGAGCUGAACUCAUCCACCUGGAGAGGGGAGACCUAAAGGACCUCGGUGUGACCAAGGUUGGUCACAUGAAGCGGAUCCUGCAGGGAAUCAGAGAGCUGCACAGGAACAGUGGUGCCAGUGAGGCCUGAACCAGCUCCACGUCAGUGAGCCCCGCCUCUGUUGCUGCCAACCACCCACCUGCCAUCUGACCUCCUGACCCCAAGACAACAGGAGUCAUUCUCAGGUUAACGGGAUGAAUCUCCUUCCAGUCACAUGGCCAGGAGAAGGAACCAAUCCUGUGAUCCAGUCGUGCCUUGUCCUCUCACUUGCCUUCCAGUCAUAGUGGUGGGCGGAGCCAGCGUGAUAUGUUUCAGAGCUGCAGCGUUCAGACGGUGGAUCCAGUGUGGCUGCAGGUUCCAUCAUGUUUCAAGAUGUGGCAACUGUACACUGUAAAAAAAAAAAAAAAAUGUCCUUGUAGCACGUUCAGCCUGAGCCUGUUACACCAACGUUUACUUUAUAAAAUAU